GAUGUUUCGUCCAAGGUGUGAGAAUUAUAACUCACUUUCAAAGACACUCUCACACCUGGCGAAUUUCCCAUUCUCGAUUCGUAACUGGUCCCUCCCUUGUUCUCUUCCGACUUCAACACUCUCACCCUUCUUCUCGUCUUCAAUUACGCCUACCACGUCUGAACAUGGCCACUGUCCCGUACCUGUUCCGGGAAUCCGUCCUCGAAGAGCUCAGAUGCAUGCAGUGCGCCGAAGAGGGCACCGCCUGCGACAAGAUCAAUCAAGACUUCUCUCUUAACAUCACUGCACAGCAUGCACUCAACAAAACAAGAACUGCGCAGCCACUCCUCUCGCCACAAUAUCCAUUCAAACUGCCAGACCCCUCGACGAAAUCAAGCUUGCUCUGGAACGUUACCAACAAAGCUACAGAGUCCUGGACAUCAAGAAGAAUGAUUCUACUUACCUCUGUCAUAAUUUCCACUCCCGCUCUCGUUCGCUUUCAACUUUUGAACAAGAGACCGACACUUCAUCUCGCCUUGACCGAUGCUCUCUGGAUCACUGGUCUCCACUGGGCACAAGUCAUGUUCUUUCUGAACGCUCUCAGCAAAGACCCCGAAGGCCAGAUCUUGACCGCCAAUCCCACCGCUUCUGGUCAAUACCCCACCCAACCUCAGAUCGACCAGUUCCCCUUCGUUCAACAGCUCUUCGCCUUGAUUGACCUGAUCCCGGAUGCUGAAUGGGGUGCUCGCACCGCUGAGAUCAGAGGACACAUGAAGCAAGUGGUGCGCGACCUCUACACUUUGGAGUCUUCCCAGAACCGUGCAAUGGUCGAUGCUUCUCGUGAUGGCUUCCCCUCGAACAACGACAAGCAGCUUUUCGCAUGGUUGUCUAUGUCAUCUCACCCUCCCGACUUUGCCCAAAUCAUCCAACAGAACCUUGUCUGGAGGGUCAUUCUCUGCCAAUGGGCUGUUCUCUGCCAGCGCCGCAAAUCGGUCUGGUACUUCAAAGGCAUCCUUCCCGUCUUGUACAACAUGGCCAUUACGGACAUCAACGCCACCGCCAACACUACAAGAGUCGGCACAUGGGCCCAGUGGAAGUUUUGUCUUCGUCCCGUCAUCGAGGCUCUUGCUGCGUCGUGGAUCGACUACAAGACACCUGUCGCUGAAGAUUAG